AUGGCUCGCGUUGAUUUUGUCGACGCCGCCUUCAACGGCCCCGAGUCAACCCAGGCUCGAGAAAGUUACGCCCCUCCCCCUCCUCGCGAUCCUCCAAAGGCCCCCUACACCACAUAUCACGGCCCGCCCAGCGAAUUUGACAGGACGCUGCGCAAGGCAUCGGCCGUGGCCCUCGCCAUCCUUCUCUACAGCGCCGCGAUUCCCUUUCACCCGGUCAGCUGGUUUCUCAAUGUGAACGGCGCCUUCUUCGUCGACAGCCUCUGCGCCGGCAUUGUGUUGCUCUGCGCAUGCUACUUUCAGUGGCGGAUCGCGGGACUCGGCCACGCCCUCGCCAUCACGCUGCCGGUGGGCAGCUCCGGCCCCCAGAUCCGCAACGGCCGGAUCGACCGCGACGCCCCCGCCAGCAGCACCGUAUUCAUCUGGCAGUCGGCCCAUUACUGGCCCUACGCCAUUUGCGAGGCUGUCUUGCUGGGCCUGGCCGAGUUUGGCCCCAGCGAGUACCUGCGCCGCAGCGUGGUCAUUGGUGUCAUUGCGGGCCUGUGGCUCGUCGGCUGGCAUGCGACGCCGAGAUCAUACAAGCAAUGGGCUUGGGGCCACAUCAAAUCAUUGUGGUUUUGGAUGAUCCUGAACGAGUUGCUGAGCGUUGGGCGACCAUCUGUGGGAAGACGUGCACGAAGAUACUAA